UAGUGCACACCAACUAUUUUAUAUACCCUUUGGUUCACACUUCAUUAACAAUCCGGUAGGGAUGGAUGUUGUAUUCGUUUAACUUAGUAUCGAACCUUCGUUUUGUUUUUGAUUUACAAUAAAAAUAAAAUUUGGCUUAAAGGUCCAUAAAAUUUUUAGCCCAAAAAUUAAAGUGCUGACAAUUUGUUCUUUAUCAGCGCCAAAAUGGCGAUAAUCAAACAGGCACAAAAGACCGCAGCUAAUAACCUAUGCAUGUAUUUAGGUCAGUGCGUUUUACCUUAAAGUUCUUAGUUAUUUCCACAAAGAAUAGAAGUACAAUGACAGUUGGCCGUCAUUAUUUUAAGGAUCUGUCAGAUAUUGUUUUUAUGUUACAUAUUUGAUUUUAAAUGUAUUAAAUAUGAUAUGCGUUGAAUAGUCACAUUUUCACAUCAUGGAUUUCCCCUCAAAGUAAAGGGUUGAUGGCUGACCGCGACAAUCCAGUGGUGCCGUUCGCCGCGGGCUUCGUGCUCGGCGCCUUGGUGACUGUCCUCGGUUACAAGCUGUUCUCCAGAUGCCCGCCCGGGCAGACACACCAGGUCGGCGCGAUGGUCAAGUGCACCUGCAAGAAAGGAAGUAAAGAAGAGUGCAAGAUGCAUUGCAUACGCGGUGACCACAAAUGUUCCUGAACUCCAUGACACGCAUUAAAGAUAAAGAAAUAAUCCGGCUGUUUAUGUUCUGCCAAAAUUAUGUCACUCAACUGUCAACGCUUUCCCAACAUCUGUCAAAUUAAAAUGUGUUCGUGAAAACUGUUUUAUUACAUCCCUUAACAAUGAAUAAUGGGUAAAGGCAUACAUUUCGACAACUACAUAAACUAAGCUCUACUGUUCCACUAUGUGCGAUUGUGCCGAGGAACAACAGAGGCAAGCGGAGAAACGCGCGGAACAGAGUGGGUCGCGGGCGCGCAGUGGGGCGAGGGGCGCGAACGUGCCGGCCGAGGGCGCGGCCUGCUACACCGAGGAGCGGUCCGGCUGCCGGUUCUUCACGUGCGGGCUGUGGGCGGGCGGUGCGGCCGGCGCGGGCGGCUGGCUACCUUACGCAGGCUCCGCGCUGCUGCUCGCCCUCAUGGCCUAUAUGCUGCGGAACGUGCGCAAACACGUCGACAAGUUUCCCAAAUUGCCCAAAAUGGGCAAUCUGUUUGGAACGUCUAAAACAGUAGCGUCCGGAGCGAAGAAAAGCUUUCAAUGCGACUAUAGUAAAUGAGGCUACUUGUACGAAAAUUGUGGCUAUACAGAAAUCUUAUCGUGGCUAUUUUGAACUUUCAGUUUUUAAAAAUAUACCAAUAGUUACUGUUGUAUUAUAAUUUCAAUUUUAUUUUAAUUUAACUUUUAUAUCAAAAAGUACACCAAUUCGUAAUAAUCAGAAUUGUAGUACUCAUUAAAGUUAAAUAACAACUCUGAUGCCCUGGGUAUUAGGAAAUAGCGCUUUAUGACUAUCAUCCUUCAAUAGAAAACUGGUUCAUAAAAUUUGUAAUUACCACCGGUAAAGGCGGCGAAAAGGGG